AUGACUGUCGAAGUGGACACGUUCAAACACUACGCCAAUUCUGGCGUCAGCAUUUCCUUUUCAAAACAACAGCAACUCUCUUCUCCAUCAACUUCUCACAACGGCUCCACCCCCGCAACAACCACGAGUUAUCAAAUCGAAGAAUCCGUACGAGCAGCAGACUUUACGUCUCAAUCUGACAACAACAACAACAACAACAAUGUCAUCGCCAUUUCACCUUACUCCGAACCGGGACAUCUUCUCGACCUCAGCUCUCUUGAAGCACCAUCUCAGUAUCUCGCCAGGGCACUCACACACCUCAAAGCCCUGCGUCCAGAUUACGCUACUGCCCCGUAUCUCGAUACUUUCAACUGGGGCGAGGUCGUGCGGAUUGUCCAGCAAUUGGCGGAGCAAGACGGAUACACGCCUGAGUUGCGUGCCGAGCCUGAGAAUGGCAGUGCCGCGAACACAACUACCAAAACGCAUAUAAGCGGUCCAAAAGAAUGGUCCUUUUACAUUGUCGCCUUCCGAUCACGUGUGCCCGUGGGCACUGACCGAACGGAGAUUUACCAGUUGGACGCCAUUGCGCAUCGCGAGGCCAUGGAACGUGGUGGCCUACUCAAGUAUUGGUACGGUGUUCCGGACGUGAAUGGCAGGAAUCUGGCAACCUGCCUAUGGCGCUCCCGCGCCGACGCUAAACGCGGCGGCUCCGGCCCCGGCCACCAGCGCGCCAUGCGCGUCACGAUGCGGCACUACACCGAGUGGGACCUCGAGCGGUACCGUCUGAGAAUUACUCCUCAGGUACCUGCCCCUGCUCCUGCCGCUGAUAGUACACCUGAUGGUGAACCCAAGACGAAACUGACCUGGAAAUGGGACGUCUCCAAGUGGCAUGACCAUGAAGAGGAGUAA